CAGCAGUAAAGCUAUUUGCUUCCUGAAGUCGGAGUUCAACAUGCGGGUUAUAGUUUUAAUAACUCUGCGUACCAUGUGGCUGAGUUUAACAUGAAUAUUCUGUUUUCGUUUGUUUUCCGUGUUUAUUAUUCUUUAAGUUCGGGUUUCGAACAUGUCUGUGAACGCAUCAAAGCACGAGCUGAACCAGCUGAUCUACCGCCAUUUGAAGGAGCAUGGUUUCCCUUCAGCUGCAGAUGAGCUCCAGAGGCACAUCACACAGGAGGAGACAAACAUAUCUGUGUCUUUAUUAGACAUCUACAAAUCAUGGUUGAAUGACUCCAAAAGAAAAAAGAAGUCCAACUCAACCAAACGCUCCAAAACAGGAGAGCAAACAACUCCCACUAAGGCCAAAUCUGCCACACCAAGGAAGAAGACAGAUAAACCUGGAAAAAAGACAGUAUCACCAAAAAAGUCGGCUCCAGCAAAAAAGAAAAAAGGUAAAGAUAAAGCCGCGGCAGAGAAAUCAAAGCUGCAGCCAUCAGACAAGGCUGUGGCUGCUGGUGGUGAAGAUUUAGACUCUGACAGCAGUCUGGAUGUAGAGAAGUGGAAGAACCUGAUCCAGCAGAUGACAGAGGAUGACAUUGCCAAGAUGGAAAUGAUCAACUCUCUGGACUCCUCUGCACCUCAACCGCCCAAAAAAAGAGUCAGAAAGCCGAGAGAAAAGCCUCCUGCUAAAAAGGACAUUCCUGUUCAGCAGGAUAAUGGGACGGUUGAAAAAAGCAACAAAGUAGGAGAGAAAACCGUGACUAAGACACCAGUGAAGGAGAGGACACCCAAGAAGACAGGAACAAAUAAUACUGAAAAUGUUUCUUCCUCUAAUACCCCGACCCAAAUUCAAAACCUGAACACUGUAGAUGGCAAAACAGCCACAGCCACACUCUUACCUGCAAAACAUUUACAAACAACCGUCCCUCAAACUCCCAGAGGACAAACAAUUGAUGAGGCUCCUUCUGAACCCAAGAAAAAGAAGAAGCACAAGAAAGACAAGGAAACAAAGGAAAACAAGGUGGAAAUUAAUCCAACAGAGGCAGGCAAUGAUGGAAAAGAGAAAGACAGUAAAGAGAAGAAGAAUGAAGCCGCAGGGCAAAAGGCUGCUGAUAAACCUGUGAAGGAAAAGGAAAAGGCAGCAGGCAUAGGAGGAGAGACGGGAGAAGACGUCAUGGAAAAGAACAAAAUUAAUAGUGAGAAUAAUUCAGAGUCCAUUUUUCAGGAAAAGAAAGCCAAAAAGCGGAAAAAGGAAAAAUCUGGUAGUGAGGAAAAUCCAUCUGAUACAGCCAAAGUAAAGAAAGUAAAGAAGAAAAGGAUUGUUGAUAGUGAGGGGAAUUCAGAACCAGCGGCUGAAGAAAUUAACGAAACUAAAGAACAAACGCUAACAGAUACAACUAAAGUUAACAGUGAGGGGGAAAUACAGCAAAAUAUUGAGGAAAAGAAAGUGAAGAAGAAGAAACAGAAAGCCCCUACCGAGGGGAAUUUAGAGCUGGUAACUGAGGAAUUGAAAGAAGAUGUAAACCAAAAUGCUGAAGAAAAAGUAAAAAAGAAGAAAAAGAAAUUGUACAGUGGGGGGGGUUUAGAAUUGGCAACUGGUGAAGUAACAGAAAAUAUUGAUGAAAAUGUUGAAGAAAACAAAGGAAACUCGGAGCAAAAGAAAGGAAAGACGAUAAAGAGUGUGGACACACAGGAAUAUUCAGAAGAGAUUGUUGAAAAGAAAGCAAAGAAGAAGAAACGGAAGAAUCCGGAUGAAGACUAUUCAGAGCAGAGCGUCAAAGAUGAUAAAUCAGAGGCCAGUACGAUAGAGGGAACGCAGGUUCACAAGACCACUUAUUCCACUGACGCAGAAUCACUCCCUCCGUCCAGCCGGGAGACCGACAGUCCUCCAAAGAAGAAGAAGAAAAAGAAACUAAAGUCAGAUGAGGUUCCAGAAACAGCUGCAGUUUCUUCCAAAGAUGCCACAGAAACCAUCCACUCCACGCCAGGUGACACCCACAAAAAGAAAAAGAAGUCUUCCAAGAUCAUAGAAUCAUGAAGAUAUUUGACCUGAUUAAAUCAAACCCUGAGGAUGAAACCACACGUAAUUUCUAACCCUAUUUCCAUGGUUAGAAAGACCAUCUAAAACUGUAAAUGCAAAUAGAUAUUUUAUUUUAAUAGACUUUUUUUUUAUCUUUUUCUUUUUGUUUCAUGUGCUAGGCCACAGUUUUUAUUUUUUCUACAUUGUGAUUUUAUUACAAGUGCCAUCAUUUUAAUGGCAGAAACUGUAAAGAGAGUAUAUUGUUUCGUGAAAUGAAUAUUUGAAUUAUUCACUCAUUGAUUGAAAUUAAGAAAUUAUGUUAUUCAGCACAUGAUUUGUCUCAGGAAUUUUGCCUGUCAAAAUCCUCAAAUAGUCUGGUUUUCUCAGAAGGUUUUUGAAAGCAUCAUGACCAUGUUAUACAAUAUAUGUCUUAUUAUAAUUGUAUGUUUACUCCUGUGCCCCUGUCUGAUAUUUGGCAUAAAACACAAACAUUUGCUGUAGAUUAAGAAAAAUACAUUUGUAUUUUUAGAUAAGUAUGUUUGUCAACAGCAUGAUUGUUUUUUAAACAAAGUUUUAAGUGUUUGAACUUUAAUAUUUGCAUUUCACAUGCUUUUAAUACAAAUUAAACACCAUAGGUUUUUUUUAUGA